AUGUCCCGGACGAAUGGGCGCUCCUCUCGAGCGUCCUCCUCCCGACGGCAGGACAUGCACGGGGCGGCAGAUCCGGCUGCUCCGGCGUGGAUCCGGCGACGGGGCGGACAGAUCGAGGCGGAGGAGCACGAGGCCGACCGAGAGGUGGCCAGCCGGAGGCGGUCAGAGCUCCAAGGCAGCGGGGGUGCUGCCUGGUUGUUCGGAUCGACGCAGAGGAGCACGAGGCCGACGAAGAGGUGGCCGGCCCGGCGGCGGGGCGAUCACCAAGGUAGCCGGACUGCUGCGGGUUGUUCUUUGGCGACUCCCUUCCCUCGAGAGGAUAAGGAAAAAGCUGAGAGAGAGGAGGAGAGGGGCGGCGGCAGCUGGGGUGGCUCGUGGCAGAGAGGAGCUCCACUCUAG